GACAAACCUUUGCCAAACAUCAUUAUCAUCUGUGUCACUUCUAUCUUUUUUGGUCAUCAGCCAUAAUAAGGGAACAUUUGUAAAAUAUUUUAUUUUUACCAUUUCUAAUAAAAUAAUAGACAAUGUCCGAGAUCACCGCAGGUUCAAGGAAAAGCAAAAUAUCGAUAGCCGCCAAUCUAAUGGGAUCAGGCUCAAAAAUCAGUACCGUGCGAUCUGGUGGAUUGAAAUCACUCAGUAGACUGGGACUGAGGCGGAAGUCUUACGGGUUUGGUGCUACGCCAGGGAUAAGAACUGUAGAAAAGACGUCACAGUUGGCAAUGGAGUACAAAAGGCCGAUACUCAUGUAUCUUCCUACCUACCAGCUGGAACCAACAGAACGAUUUCACGUAGAACACGUGACGAAAAUUGUGAAGGAUACGAUCAGUGAGAACUUUUCUACUCACAAAUACCAUACCAUGGAAUCACCAGCUCUAGCGCUACGAUUGGCGGGCGAGGUGAUGCGUAAAGUCAAAAGGUUGAAUUACGACCGCUACCGUAUAUUCUCCGUAGUCACCAUUGGUCAAAAAAGAGCGCAGAGCCACAACAAUGCCGUUGCUUUCCUGUGGGAUCAUGAGAGAGACAAUUUUGUAGAAGCCAACCACGAAACCGCCACUGCCUUCAUCCAAAUAAUUGUGUUUGGUGUUUAUUUAGAUUAGGUCGUGAGAUUUUAGAAUACUUAAUUUAUUUUUAUUAAUGUUGAAACGGCAAUCGUUGGUGUACCUAUUCUUUGAGAUAUUUUAAUUUGGAUGUGAAUUUAAUUCAUUUCACGUUAUUUAUUAAUAUCUUUCUAUUAGUUUACUUUAGAGAUGUGUAUUAUACGUACUUAAACAGACACACUGAUGAAAAUCAUUAUAAAUAUUUUUUUUAGUUACAAUUUUAUUUAAUAAUUUUACUACGCACUUUACGUUAAUUUGUGAAUAACUUAGCUUUACUCUAUCUAUGGUUUUAUC